UCACAGAGGAAGAAGGAAAGCAAAAAGAGAGAGAGAGUGAGCCUCUUCUUUAGUUGUUUGUUGCAAUAAACACAAACACAACUUCCCCAUUUCUGCUUUUUUUUUGUUCAACUCGAUCCUAAACACUCCAAUCACAGUUCACAACCCAUCCGGAAAAUACAAUAAAAUAAUCUCAAGGAAACAGAAAAAAAGGAGAAAGAAAAAAAUAUUUGGUUUUGGCGGAGAAAAUGAAGGAGAAGGCGGAGAGUGGUGGGGGAGGAGGAGUAGGAUACGUGAGAGCGGAUCAGAUAGAUUUAAAGAGUUUGGACGAGCAGUUGCAAAGACACUUAAGCAGAGCAUGGACGAUGGAGAAGAGGAAGAGUUUGAGUGAUGGCGAAGAUAACGUUACUAAUAAACACAACCAAAACAACUUCGGACAUCGACAGCUUGUGUUUCAGAGACCGCUUCUCGGUGGUGGUGGUGGAUAUAAUAACAACAACAACAACAAGGACAUAACUAGGUCGACGACGACCGAGGUGGGGAAGUCGAGGAGAGAGUGGGAAAUUGAUCCUUCUAAGCUUAUCAUCAAAAGUGUGAUUGCUCGUGGUACUUUUGGUACUGUCCAUCGUGGAAUCUAUGAUGGUCAAGAUGUCGCCGUGAAGUUACUAGAUUGGGGAGAAGAGGGACACAGGUCAGACGCAGAGAUAGCUUCGCUAAGAGCUGCUUUCACUCAAGAAGUUGCUGUUUGGCAUAAGCUUGACCAUCCCAAUGUCACCAAGUUCAUAGGAGCGGCGAUGGGGACAUCGGAGAUGAGCAUACAGACGGAAAACGGGCAAAUGGGAAUGCCGAGUAACGUUUGCUGCGUCGUCGUUGAGUAUUGUCCCGGCGGUGCUCUCAAGUCUUUCCUUAUCAAAACUCGCCGCCGCAAACUCGCCUUCAAAGUCGUUAUCCAACUCUCCCUUGACCUAGCUCGCGGGUUGAGUUACUUGCACUCGCAGAAGAUAGUGCAUAGAGACGUGAAAACGGAGAACAUGCUUUUGGACAAGUCUCGCACCUUAAAGAUUGCAGAUUUUGGUGUGGCUCGUCUCGAGGCCUCCAACCCUAACGACAUGACCGGUGAGACCGGAACCUUGGGCUACAUGGCUCCCGAGGUGUUAAAUGGGAGUGCGUACAACAGAAAGUGUGAUGUGUAUAGCUUCGGGAUAUGUCUGUGGGAGAUAUACUGUUGCGACAUGCCUUAUCCCGACCUCAGUUUCUCCGAAGUUACCUCCGCCGUCGUCCGCCAGAAUUUGAGACCGGAGAUACCGAGAUGUUGUCCGAGUGCGCUGGGAAACGUGAUGAAGAGGUGCUGGGAUGCGAACCCUGAUAAGAGGCCUGAGAUGGAUGAAGUUGUUUCCAUGUUGGAGUCCAUCGAUACUUCUAAAGGCGGUGGUAUGAUUCCUCCCGACCAACAACAUGGCUGUUUCUGUUUCCGCCGUCACCGAGGCCCCUGAUGUUCUUACUUACGUAUAUAUAUAUAUAUAUAUAUAUAUAUAACCAAAUCGACAACAUUUCUAUUAUUAUUUAGCUCUUAUUUAAUUUGCAUAGUAGAAAGAUUAUUUUAUAAUAGUACUUAAUUAGCUAGUUAAUUAAGUUUGUGGGGAUGAUCAAAUGUGGGAUUUAUAACUUUCAAUCAGUUGGUGUAUGAUUUACAGGAUGAAUGUCGUAUCUAUUUGAAACGAUCAUUUCAUACG